AGAAAUGGGGAGAAGAUGUAGAGAAGCCUGCAUUUCAUGAGGUCAUAAGUCAGUUCUCAAGAUAGCCAUUGAAUAAUGACCUUAUUGGUGGGCACCAGCUCAAAGUUCAGUCAUGUGGUAAUUGGAUCAUGAAGACAAGCAGGUAAACACAAAUGAAAAAUAGACGCACUAAACAAAGGUGUUGUUUUUAAAGACAAAAAAUGCAACCAUGAAGUGGACUCCUUCUCCUUACUAGGGUUAUUUCUUCAUCACUAAUUUCUUCUGCCUAGCUUUGGAUAUGGGGGCAGAAGUCAAAGAUGCCCACUUGCACCCUGCAGUGUCUCUACAGAAAAAAGUAAAAAGCAGAAGAUUUGGAAAUCCUCAAAGUAAUACUGCAGUGCUGCACACAAGCCUCUCAGGAGGACCUGGGAUGUGCUCUUGUGCUAUCCAGCCCUCUCUGCUGUGCAGUGUUCCUCGCUCCCUUGUUCACAUAUGCCCCCCUCCGCACACACACUUGUGAAAUGUGAGGAGCCUCCUGACAUUGGUCUGUUUUGCCUCCUCUUAACUUGCAGACGGUAAAAAUCUUUCGUCUCUGAAAGAUUGCUUCAUCUUCUUGUUCAAAAGGCGGCUACAUUAUUUAAAGCCAUCAACUGGGGGUAGCUAGCUGCAGCUCUGGAUGGGAAACCGAAAUAGUCACUGCAGCAGCACCGGCAAUCCAGGGGUCUCAUUCUUCACCUCCCAGUCUUUUGUUUGGUUUCAAAGCACAUUUCUUUGCUCUCUUGAAGGAGAGGAGAGCGUCACGCUUGGCUCUUGAGGAUGCUUUCGCAGAAAUGGUUGGGUGUGCUUUACUUCACUCUCUACUUAUGGGCUAAUAUAUCCCUCUUCUUCCGUCAAGGUUGUUUGGCAUGUAAAUCUGAAGAAAGGCUGUUUCAUAAACUCUUCACCCGUUACAACCAGCAUAUCAGACCUGUGGAAAAUGUGUCUGAUCCAGUUACAAUAUAUUUUGAGUUGGCAAUUACACAGCUUGCAAAUGUGGAUGAAGUCAACCAGAUUAUGGAAACCAACCUCUGGUUGCGACAUAUUUGGAACGACUAUAAACUGCGGUGGAAUCCAAUAGAAUAUGAGGGUAUUGAAUUUAUCCGGGUGCCAGCAGAUAAAAUUUGGAAACCUGAUAUUGUGCUGUACAACAAUGCCGUUGGAGAUUUCCAGGUGGAAGGACGGACCAAAGCUCUUCUCAAAUAUGAUGGCACCAUCGCUUGGACACCUCCUGCCAUCUUCAAAAGCUCCUGCCCUAUGGAUAUUACCUUCUUCCCCUUUGAUCAUCAGAACUGCUCACUAAAAUUUGGAUCCUGGACUUACGACAAAGCUAAAAUUGACCUUCUAAUUAUUGGUUCCAAAGUGGAUAUGAAUGAUUUUUGGGAGAAUAGUGAAUGGGAAAUAAUUGAUGCUUCUGGCUACAAGCACGACAUCAAGUACAACUGCUGUGAGGAGAUCUAUACUGACAUAACCUACUCCUUUUAUAUCCGAAGAUUGCCCAUGUUUUACACUAUUAAUCUGAUCAUCCCUUGUCUGUUCAUUUCAUUCCUGACUGUAUUAGUUUUUUACCUGCCAUCUGACUGUGGCGAGAAGGUGACCCUGUGCAUCUCUGUCCUACUUUCCUUAACUGUUUUCCUCUUGGUAAUCACAGAGACAAUUCCCUCCACUUCUCUAGUUAUCCCUCUGGUGGGAGAAUACCUGCUGUUCACCAUGAUAUUUGUGACACUCUCCAUCGUUGUCACUGUGUUUGUGCUGAACAUCCACUACAGGACUCCGACAACUCACUCUAUGCCUAAGUGGGUCAGGACUGUUUUCCUCAGUCUCCUGCCCAAAGUGUUGAUGAUGAAGAGACCCAUACAAAAACAUGUUGAAACCCAGCCUAAGAAACCCAAAAAGGCUGGGGAGCAAAAGGCUACAAAAUCAAGCAAGGAAAAAGCUGACGACUUGGGAGAAGUGAAAGUCUUUGGUGAGCACAGAUGCUGCCACUGCGACAAACUCAGUGAACCAGCUACGAGUAAGAAAAGGAGAUCAAGCCAAUCUGCGAAGUGGGUGGCCGAGCAAAUGGACUACUCCCCAGAGGUCAAGCAAGUCAUUAGCAGUGUCCAGCUCAUUGCAGAAAACAUGAGGAGCCAGAACGAGACCAAAGAGGUAGAAGAUGACUGGAAAUAUGUCGCCAUGGUGAUUGACAGAGUGUUCCUGUGGGUUUUCAUCAUUCUCUGUGUAUUUGGAACUGGAGGAUUAUUCCUUCAGCCAUUGAUAGCAGACACAUAAUUUGAUUUUAUUUGAUCCCUUCAGCUUAAACCUCUGCCCUCACACUUUUUUUCAAUUGUAUGUUCAAAUCAACCAUGUGCGGCAGUUAUACCACAUUGCUGGAAAAACAGUGGCUCCCCAUUCCAGUUCCCAUCAGUCAUAGUCAGGCUGUGAGGUACCAUGAAAGUAGGAAUUCAUCAAUAAGUGGAGGGCCCAUCUUUUACAGAAUUUAGUUUUUAUCCUUGAGCUGAAGAUCAAUAUUUUCUUCUUUGGCUCCUCACAAUACAUUAAGGACCUCAUCACAUUAGAUCAGACAAAUUUCCCAUUUCUAGACACUGUUAAAUUGAAGUCCCUUGGUUGCUAUCACAUGACGCAAGCCUACUUCCAGUGGUCACCUGAUGGACCUUAGUGCUUUCAUUCAAAAAAACAUAUGUUAUUUGGAGCUGGCAAUCUACCAGCUCCAGCUAUCUGUACAUGUCUAGAUGUGGGAAAAUCAUAGAUUUUCCCAUGUAAUGUCAACUGGUCAUUUUCGCCAUGCCAAACCAUUUUAUUAUGUCAAUUAGCAGGCAAAAAAUGGGUGGUUCCAACUGUUAACCAUAAAUCUUCUCUCGCCACCAUUACUCCCUUUGGUCUAUCAUUACUGUCAGUCCAUGCAGUCAAAGGUAAGUCCACCUCCUCCCUUAUUAAAAGAAAUGAUUUGCAUUAUGA